UGUAUUGGGGCGGGCGGGGGAGCAUAGAAAAAAGACGAAUAAAACCCCGGGAGGCAGAGGUAGUGGGAAGAUUUCAACUGAACUUGAGUCUUCUGCUACUUUCUGCCCCAUUCCUUCUCCAUUUCCCAGCCCUGAAGAUUCUUUAGCACAGGCCCGAAGUGCAAGAGAGCCCGCACACCUGCCUUUCCCGUCCAAAGGCACUCUACCCUUGCAAGAAUCUCCGAUUCUGUUCCCUGCAGCCUUCAUUUCUCCAGCCAGUGCCAGUCCUUGUCAAGCCCGCUGGGCUUCAAGAUGAAGGCGGCCCGCUUCGUUCUACGUAAAGCUGGCUCUCUGAACAGUGCCAGCCUGGUGCCCCGAGAGGUCGAACAUUUCUCACGCUACAGCCCGUCCCCGCUGUCCAUGAAGCAGCUGCUGGACUUUGGUUCUGAAAAUGCUUGUGAAAGAACUUCUUUUGCAUUUUUGCGACAAGAAUUGCCUGUGAGGCUGGCCAAUAUCUUGAAGGAAAUUGAUAUCCUCCCUGAUCGAUUAGUAAAAACCUCUUCAGUGCAAUUAGUUAAAAGCUGGUAUAUCCAGAGUCUGAUGGAUCUGGUAGAAUUCCAUGAGAAAAGCCCAGAGGACCAGAAGGCGUUAUCAGAUUUUAUAGAUACUCUCGUCAAAGUUCGAAAUAGACAUCAUAAUGUAGUUCCCACAAUGGCACAAGGAAUCAUAGAAUAUAAGGAUGCAUGCACAGUUGACCCAGUCGCCAACCAAAAUCUUCAGUAUUUCUUGGAUCGAUUUUACAUGAACCGAAUUUCUACACGGAUGUUGAUGAACCAACACAUUCUUAUAUUCAGUGACUCAAAAUCGGGAAACCCAAGUCAUAUCGGGAGCAUUGACCCAAAUUGUGAUGUAGCAGCAGUGGUCCAAGAUGCCUUUGAAUGUUCGAAGAUGCUCUGUGAUCAGUACUAUUUAACAUCUCCAGAAUUAAAACUCACACAAGUGAAUGGAAAGUAUCCAAGCCAACCAAUUCACAUUGUCUAUGUUCCUUCUCAUCUUCAUCAUAUGCUCUUUGAACUAUUCAAGAAUGCAAUGAGGGCAACAGUUGAACACCAAGAAAAUUGGCCCUCCCUUACCCCAAUUGAAGUGAUCGUUGUCUUGGGAAAAGAAGACCUCACAAUUAAGAUUUCAGACAGAGGAGGUGGCGUACCCCUGAGGAUCAUUGACCGCCUCUUUAGCUACACAUACUCCACUGCACCAACACCUGUGAUGGACAAUUCCCGGAAUGCUCCUUUGGCUGGUUUCGGUUAUGGUUUGCCAAUUUCUCGUCUUUAUGCUAAGUAUUUUCAAGGAGAUCUGAAUCUCUACUCUUUGUCAGGAUAUGGAACAGAUGCCAUCAUCUACUUAAAGGCUUUGUCUUCUGAGUCUGUAGAAAAGCUCCCCGUCUUUAACAAAUCAGCCUUCAAGCACUAUCAGAUGAGCAGUGAGGCUGAUGACUGGUGUAUUCCGAGCAAGGAGCCAAAAAACUUGGCAAAAGAAAAAGUGGCUGUGUGAAAAGAGACACUUGGGGAAAUUUUAAGGGAUCAAAGUAGGUUUACGCCAUUGCUGCUUCCUAAAUGUUUGCGUGUGAACUCUUGUGUCCUCAGAAACAAGCAAGAACAAAAAGUCUUUCAUGAGAAUACUGAGGCAAAGAGGAAUGCUGCUCCUUUGUGUUAUCCCAGAGAACACAGUGCAUGACUGCAGGAACUGACAGAUGGUCAGCUUAUAAUACUUUUAGGAGAAUGUCUGAGUUUAUAUCAAGUCUUGAAGAAGAAAUUGGCCUCAGUUUCCCAUCUCUGUAUCAAUAAGAAUGGGACAAGGAAUGAAGUAGAGGUAGAGAUCAGCUAUUCAAUAGACUGUUAAUAUAGACCUCUAGCUGAUAUCAUAAGCUAUUGAUAAUUGUUGAAUGUUAGGUGUCAAUAUACCAGUAUUUUCCUGUCAUUCAAGGAUUAGGGCUUAGUUUUGGCUAUGUAAUUGAAAUGUAAAAUAUACAUAUUAUCUAUCAACUCAAAAGGGGAAAAGUUGAUGACUAAAGUAAUGUUCACAUGGUAUGAGCAGAAAAAGUCAUAAUAAUUUAUUUAAGGCAUUGGACUUGUAUGAAAGUAGAGAAGGAAGCCUCUUCUGCUAACAGCUCUUUAUAAUGGUGCUUUAUUAUGCAUACUUCACAUAAGUGAAAAUUUACUACUAUGUUCCUAGUCUUGAAGAAACUUAAAAAUAUGCUCUGAAUACAGAAUGUUGGGAGUUAGAAGGAGACAAGAAUUGCCAAAGUUAUAACCAAAUAUCUCUUUCCUUGAUUUGUUUAUAUAUGACAGAGUAGGUAGAAAAAUCAGUAUUCAUGAAAAAAAAUCAUACAUUUAGUACCCAGUUCAACAGGGAGUACUGUUCUCUUCCCUCAAGUGGUGGUAAACCAAAGACAUAUAUUUUCGAAGCUGCAAAGAAUGUAUUCAUUAUAUAUUUAAUUUUAUUCUCUAUACUUUGACAUUAAGCAGUCUGUGUGGGGAAAAAAUCACUGGCUAUCAAAUGGAUCAAGAACAUUAGAAUUAAAACACUUAUUGAAGUAUGUUUAACAAAUAACUUGGGACUUAGAGGUUUUCAUGUCAGAAUGCUUCCAUUUGUAAAUCUUUGAGAUUGAGAGCUAAUGGACUGAUAACUGUCACAUAUUAUGGAAUGUUGAGAGGACUGAGUUAUAAUAUGCAGGUUAACAGACCUGGCAAAUUAACCAGAGAGAAGGAAAAGGAGGAAAAUAAAGAAGGAAAACAGGGAGUGCAACAGAAGGCAGAUAUCUUGUAUGUUGUCUAAAAAUUAUUUCAAAAAUUGAUCCAUAUUUCAAUGAAUAAAUUAUUGACAAAAGAAUGAAAUGGUAUUUUUCAAAGCAGUAAGGCUUCUUUAAAUGAAUGACUUUCAUUGUUGUGAAAUAAUAGAUUUUAUUAGAUAAUAAACUCAUCUAUGUCAAUUUGAUGUUUAAACUGGAAUAGCUAGAAUUUUCUACAUUUCAAAAUAAUUAGUAUUGUAUAUAUUGUUGAAUUUAACAUUUGUGUUUAAUUUUGCUAUGACUUGAUGUAAUGGUGCUUCAGGUGCUUCUUAGAAGCCUUAAAACUAUCUGUUGUAAUCUUCAGAUUUAACUCUCAAAAGCCCUAGAUAGUGACUUUUAUUGAUAGCAUGAAACUGUUUUCAGUAGAUCAUUUGACUAUUCAAUUUUACUGGAUUUUUUUGCAUAUAAAUAACUGUAUUUAUCAAAGAUUUAAUGCUAUUGAUUAGUGAAUUAAUUCAAACACUGUGAACUGUCUUUAAAACACUUCAAGAAAAAUUUUAGCCUCUAAGUAGCAUCAAUGUGUAAAUUAAUUCUAUAAAAUAGAAAAAGUAUUCAUUAGUAUUUAUUAAGUCUGUUAAACAGUUUUAGGAUUCCAGUGGAUGAAUACUAAGUGUUUAAACUCACUUAAAUUAUUAAUGUAUACAUUGUUUUUUGUCUCUAAGUAUUAUACAAAAAAUGGGAUAAUUUUAUAAUAAACAUUUUUAUUAUAAUAGUA